GCUUAAUUAGUUUGGGAGAAGAAAUGGCUUCCCCAGUUUCAGUUUCGGUACUCUGAGAAAGGGAUUUAUCGGCCGAUAUCUCAUACCUCAGCCCAGUUGUGUUUCAAAGUUUGAAGUUAUGAACUCUGUGAGUCUGCAGCUAGUCCACUGCUUACUUGUGAUUCUUCUGUUUACAUUGUCAUCUGGGCCACAAACAAUUACAGGGCAAGGGUUCUCAAUCAGGGAAGCCACCAUAGAUGAUCUCCAACUUGCUUUCAAGCACAACCAGCUCACCUCAAGGCAACUUGUCCAAUUUUACCUUGGAGAAAUCACCAGACUCAACCCUUUCCUCAAGGGGGUCAUAGAAGUGAACCCGGAUGCGCUUGACCUUGCCGAAAAGGCUGACUACGAGCGCAAGACCAAGCCACCAUCUGUGCCACUCUCUAAGUUGCAUGGCAUUCCCAUUCUGGUCAAGGACAACACUGCAACCAAGGACAAGUUGAACACCACAGCUGGCUCUUAUGCUCUGCUUGGCUCUGUUGUGCCCCGGGACGCCGGCGUGGUGACCAAGUUGAGGGAGGCUGGGGCCAUCAUACUGGGAAAGGCCAGCUUGAGUGAGUGGUCCAAUUGGAGGUCCAAUAGUGCACCUUCCGGUUGGAAUGCCAGAGGUGGCCAAGGAGUGAACCCGUACAAUUUUGAGGAGACGCCUGGCGGCUCAAGCAGCGGGUCAGCAAUAUCAGUGGCAGCAAGUCUGGUAGCAGUGGCACUGGGGACUGAGACAGAUGGAUCAAUUUUAAGUCCAUGCAGUUAUAACUCAGUAGUUGGCAUCAAACCAACAGUUGGUCUUACUAGUCGAGCAGGAGUUGUCCCGAUCUCCCCGAGACAGGACACAGUUGGGCCCAUCUGUAGGACAGUAUCAGAUGCUGCUUAUGUUCUUGACGUCAUUGCAGGCGCUGACAACAUUGAUAUUGCAACAAUUGAGACAUCGAAGUACAUUCCUGAGGGUGGCUAUGCACAAUUUCUCAAAUGCGAUGGACUUGGAGGAAAGAGAUUAGGGAUAUUGAGAGCCUUCUAUGACUUGGAGGAUGACCCUUUCUUGACUCAAAUUUUUGAAAAACAUCUCAACACACUGAGGAAUGGAGGUGCUAUUUUGGUAGACCAUUUGGAAAUAGCCAAUUUGGACAAAAUCGUGUUCGAUAUUGUAAGUGAUGAACAGACUGCAUUGUCUGCUGAGUUCAAAAUAUCCUUAAACACAUACCUUAAGGAUUUGGUGGCUUCCCCAGUGCGAUCCUUGGCAGAUGUGAUAGCCUACAACAAUAAAAACUCGAAAUUGGAAAAGAUCAAUGAAUAUGGACAAGAUCUCUUAGAAGAGUCUGAGAAGACUAAUGGAAUAGGACCAAAAGAGCUGGAAGUGUUGUCAAAUUUAGAAAGACUGUCUAGAGAUGGAUUUGAGAAGCUAAUGACAGAUAAGAGCCUAGAUGCCUUGGUGACUUAUUCUAGCACUGCUUCUUCUAUCCUUGCAAUUGGUGGGUUUCCGGGCAUUAUUGUGCCGGCAGGAUUCCAUGACACUGAAAAAUACCCUUUUGGAAUCUGCUUUGGGGGGCUAAAGGGUUCAGAGCCAAAGCUGAUUGAGAUUGCAUACGCGUUUGAGCAAGCAACUAAGAUCAGGAAGCCUCCACCUGUUGGUUCUUAAGACCAACUUAUCUCUAGCACAGCCACUCUCACUCCUGAAGUUUAGUCCUCAAUCCCCACCAUAGCUCCAGCCACUGAAAGACCCAGCCUAGCCGCUCAAGAGCACCUCCAAGGAAAUCACUAGCAUUUCCAUUGAGUUAAAAGAGUAAAGUUCAGUUAUGCUGCUAAUGGCCCAUGAUGGGCUGCAUCUCAAGUCAAUUGACAUUGCGGUAGUAUUUCAAACAAAACAAAAUCAUACUGCUCAUGAAUAAUCUGUGUGCCAUUUGUUUUGAUGUGGGCUAAAUGUCCAAGGUUAUGUAAUAAGUCACUAAUUCCACCUACUUACUAUGGCUGAUGUAUUAUAACCCUGAUAAGCAUCUUCCCAAAUCCAAAUAGACGAGACAAGAUCGAUUAAA